AUGGCAUUGGGAAAGAAGAGAAUAAUAGUUGUCCAGAAAUCGCAUUUGAAGCAACGUCGUGGUGUGGAAGAUGGAGGAUUAGGGUUAGAGUUAGAGUUAGAGUUGGUUCAGUACAAGAGAGGAUUUGGGAGGAAGAGGGUUUUAAUUUCAUCAGGUGAUAAGAUUUGUGAUUCACCUGUCCGAAAAACCUCAUCGAAGAAGCUAUGCGAUGAAGCUUCGGCUGCAGGUGGUCAAAGUCGAGAGCUUGAAUAUCUUCCUCUAGAUAUUCUGACAUUAAUCGCAAAGCAGUCACAUUUCGCAUAUAGUACACCUUGGAAAACCUCUGUUUUCGAACGUAGCAGAUUCGGUUUAGAUAAACCGUUUGGUUUAGGUGAUGGCGACGAUUAUGAGAUUGAAGCCCCAGGAGCCCCAUUGCAGAAAAGGUACCGUUCCCGUGACGAGGACGAUUCUGGAGUCUCAGUGGCUCUAUUCAAGUGA